AUGAAAGUUUUGCUUGUCUCUCAAUGUAUAUGGGAGAUUGUGGAGAAAAGUUAUGAGAAGCCACCAGAUGAAGAAAGUUUGUCUCAAAAAAAGAAGGAAACAUUGUUAAAGACGAAGAUGAAAGAUCAACUUGUUGUCACCUUCAUCUAUCAAUGUUUAGAUGAUUCUAUGUUUGUCAAGGUUGUCGAUACUACUACCUUAAAGGAAGCUUGGGAGAUUUUUGAGAAAUCACUUCAAGACAUUGGCAAAGUGAAGAAGAUGAAACUUCAAUCUCUAAGGGGAGAUUUUGAAGCUUUGAAGAUGAAGGAUUCCGAAUCAAUUUUAGAUUAUUGCUCAAGGGUGCAGACAAUUGUUAAUCAAAUGAACAUAUAUGGAGACAAAAUAGAAGAUGUUUGUGUGGAGGAGAAUUUUUUUUGUUAUUUAACCUCUAAGUUCGAUUAUGUUAUGUAUCUUAUUGAGAAGUCAAACGAUUUUGACUCAAUGUUUAUUGGAGAGUUAGAAGGUUCUUUACAAGCUCAAGAAGAAAGAACGAAGAAAAGACAAGAAGAGUCAUUAGAGCAAGUUCUCGAAGACCGAAGCUUCAUUGAAGGAUGUUGA